GACUCCAGAUCCAGAAUAUAACGUGAAGAUAAAAAUAAUGAUUGAUUUUAUUUUUGCGAGACUAGAUACCUUGGAUAGGGCAUUCAGCUUGUCAGAGGUAGCCCAGACUCAGAAGAAGGCAAUGCGAAUUAUUAUAGUAAAUACUCCUACUUCUGUUGCCAAAAAACCAGUUGCUAAGAAACCUUCAAGUACAGUUACGAGUAGUAAGAGUAAAAUCAGGAGUGGCUACUUGUACUUUCAGCAAAUCAUAGGAGACCAGAUGAAAAUACCUUUUACCGAGCUUUGGCUAGAAAACUUUGAGGACAUUAGGCUCAAAGAAUCUAUUGAGAAGACAGUAGAUGAUGGAUAUUUUAGUGGUGAUGAUAUCGACCUAGCUACAUAUGAGCAAAAAACAGUUACUUUGUCUGUAAUGAAAAGCCCUUCAAGUAUAAGAUCUCCAAUUACACAUCAGGGCUCGAAUGCAGUAAAGUCAGUUGCAUUAGAAUCUACUACUGUAAUUAGGUCUCCCGUCCUAAGUAAGACUGAUGGUAAACAUAAUCUAGUAAGGAACAUGCAUGAAUCUGAGGGAAAAAAAACUGUUUGUGGUAUUACUGGUACUAUAGGUGGAGCCAUCAGACGGCAAAAAGGCCUAGUAUAA